AUGCACCAGCUGCAGGAGUUAUUCCUCGAUGAGGUCAAUCUGACAGGGCCCAUCCCCGAGUCAAUAGGAGCGCUCACCAACCUGAAUCAAUUGAGUGUGUUCAGCAACAGGCUGAGUGGCACCAUCCCCGCCUGCAUUGCCAACCUCACCGCACUCACCGCCCUGCACCUAAGCUACAACAAUCUCUCAGGCUCCAUUCCAGACGCAAUCAGCAGCCUCAAGCAACUACAGCAGUUGGAUUUGUCGGGGAACCACUUUUCAUCAGGCAUCAUUCCUGCAAGUGUCGGGUCUUUCACUCAACUCCAACACUUGAACCUCGAACGCAGCAAUCUCUCAGGCUCCAUUCCAGAGGCAAUCAGCAGCCUCAAGCAGCUACGAAGCUUGAAGCUGAAGGACAACAGCCUGAGUGGCACCAUUCCUGCCUGCAUUGGCAACCUCACCGCACUCACCACUCUGGAAUUAAGCAACAACCGCCUUGCAGGGACGAUACCUGCUGCAAUCACCACGCUCACUAAACUCAAAUACCUCCACCUUGACAACAACCAGCUUACAGGAGAGCUGCCCACCUUCGACCACAUGCCCUAUCUCACUGCGCCAUACGGUCUAGAUUUUGACAACAACUACUUCACGGCCACACCAGACCCUUCAG